ACUCAAAGAGUUCUUAAAGUCCAUAUUUUUUGGACUUUUUUUAACACACGAAACAAAAUGGGUGCCGAAGCUUUCGAUGCUGCCACCUUCGCUGCCGCGAAGUCCAACUUGAAGAAGGGUGCUGCGCCUGCCGCUAAGAAGGCCGCUGAGCCCUCCAAGGAACAAAUUGACGUACAACUACUGACUUCUUGCUUUUUUUUGUUUACAUGACUAUCUUGUUUUUGGUAGUUCUACAUCUUCUACUACAGCGAUGAACUACCAUUUUCUAUUUCUUGAGAAUCACAAUAAUAAAACAAAAACACACAAAGAUGAUCAACACAACAAUAAUUCUCAUACACAAAUUCCAUUCUCCACUCCACACGACUACAGGCCAUCGCGAAGUUGUACACCAAGCACAAGGGUGAUUUGAAGGCUGUUGCCACCGAAUGCCACUGCGCUCUGGCCACGAUGCAGAAGAACCCUCCGAAGGAUGCCAACGACUUCGCCAAGAAGAUGCUCAGUGGAGCUUACUCUCUUGAAUAAUUAACGAUUUUUUCACUUGACAAACAUGAUCAACGCAAACAAUCAUCAUAUUAUUUGUAAAGGCGCAACAUGAACAUCAUAUUCAAGAAAGAAACACGUGGUACAAGAACUAGUUGUCAACGAUAUUUUUAGGAGAAUGAAUGAUCAUGAAAAUGUUAUUGUUAAUGUUAAUCGUUUUUGAGUUUUAAUUGUUUGAUGUGCAUGUGAUUUCUUCCUUUACGAGGUGGAAUAGCAAUAACUAGGAAGGUAGACGUGGUGAUAGCUUCCAAGAAGACUAUGUAUCUAUAGGGAAGUGGUCAUCUGGAUCUUGUUGUUGUUCUCUCUCGUGAAGAGACGAUUAAUUUCACACCAAGAACGAAUUGCAAUAUUUUUUCAAACGAGAGUUGUAUAGGUAGGAAUUACUAAAUGCUGGAUCACGAGUACAACUCGCACUAAAAAAAUUGUCGCCAGUAGUUUAAAAGUGAAAGAACAUCAGCAGAAAAGCCGAGCUCAGAAGGAAGUGACCUAGUCACACCCCCAGGUGCAAAAACCCAUAUGAUCGUCCAAAAAACCGCGCACUCGGUUAUAUUUCAGUUCUUUGAAGAGUCAUGAUUUUUUACACGUAAAAGUUGUGAUGCUAGUGCAUAUCGCAACUACAUUAGCAGUUCUUACCUACCAAGGAAUAAGGACCGGCAAGGAUAUUAAGUCCGCUCUCCGUGUUCUACGUGCAUGAUCAUGAAGAUGAAAGCGCACUGGGAAAAGGAUGUCGACCCUCCAGGGCUUCUUCUUAGGGACAAGUAGAAUUGAUGCAAAG